AUGGCUAAUCACUCUGCUAGUAUUGGCUCUAAUAUACACCCUUUUAGAAAAUUCAAUAAACAGCACUUACAAAGCACAGAUUCAUUUAGCACAGAAGAGUUUGACAAACGUUUAGAAGAAACCGUAGAAAAUUUUGGUAAAAAUAAAGAGGCUAAUUCUAAUUCCAACCCAAGCUCUAAUAUAAGCCCGAACCCCAAUUCCAAAAAUAUUUUUAGAAAGAAUAUAUCCACAUUUGAAUUAGAAACUAUUGGUAGUGAUUUUGAUAUGCCGUCUUCGAGAGCUGACAGUAAUGUUACUCGACCUUUAUUAGAGAAUUCCGAAUGGAAUAAUACUAGUAAUAAUGAUGCUUAUCACAGUCCGCAACCAAAUUUUGUUAGUCCAUCUGCUCUAGCACAACAAAAUAAUAUAUUCAAUAGAUUUUCUAAUUUUUUCAGUUUUAAUAAAAAGUCCAGUAACAGAAUUAAUUAUCAAUCUACUACACUUUCAACAAACGAUGACGAACAUUCUAGUAUUAUCUUUGGUCAAAGAGAAAUUCAUCCUGACACAACUCCGAUUUAUGAUAAGAAGAAGUAUCCAACAAAUGCAAUUUCCAAUGCCAAAUAUAAUCCAUUUACUUUUGUACCAAUUCUUUUGUAUGAGCAAUUUAAAUUUUUUUAUAACCUUUAUUUCUUAAUGGUCGCACUAUCACAAUCGAUACCUGCGUUGAGAAUAGGUUAUUUAUCUUCAUAUAUUGUUCCUCUAGCUUUUGUGCUUACCGUUACAAUGACUAAAGAAGCCCUUGAUGAUUUACGAAGAAGAAAACGUGAUAGCGAAUCAAACAAUGAGCUGUACUAUGUUUUACAAAAAUCCCAGUUAGUUCAAAGCAAAAAUUUGAAAGUUGGUGAUAUAAUUAAAAUUGAAAAAGAUAGACGUAUACCUUCAGAUUUAGUAUUAUUACAGUCAAGCGAACCAUCAGGUGAAUGCUUUAUUAAAACAGAUCAGCUGGAUGGUGAGACCGACUGGAAAUUAAGAAUUGCUCCUGCAGUCACUCAAAAUCUAUUAGAAAUUGAUUUAAUUAAUAAGAUAAAAAUAACUGCAUCAUCUCCAGAAAAAUCUAUUCAUAAAUUUUUGGGCAAAGUUACAUACAAGGAAUCAUCAUCAAAUCCUCUAUCGAUUGAUAAUACAUUGUGGGCAAACACAGUUUUAGCAUCUUCAGGAUCAUGUAUUGGUUGCGUUGUUUAUACAGGUAAAGACACAAGACAAGCAAUGAAUACGACUUCUCCAACUGUCAAGACUGGUUUAUUAGAGUUAGAGAUCAAUGACCUUUCUAAAAUUUUAUGUUUAUCAGUUUUCAUACUGUCUGUAGUAUUAGUAUUAUUUGCUGGGUUUAAAAACGAUGAUUGGGUCAUUGAUAUAAUGAGAUAUUUAAUUUUAUUUUCCACAAUUAUUCCAGUUUCAUUAAGAGUCAAUCUUGAUUUAGCUAAAUCUGUGUACGCUUAUCAAAUAGAACAUGAUAAAAUCAUUCCAGAAACAGUUGUUAGAACAAGUACUAUACCGGAAGAUCUUGGUAGAAUAGAGUAUCUAUUGAGUGAUAAAACUGGUACGUUAACACAGAAUGAUAUGGAAUUGAAAAAAAUUCAUUUAGGCGCUGUUUCUUACACUCCUGAAACCCUUGAUAUAGUCUCUGAUUACGUUUCUACCAUGGUAUCAAACAAAAAACAAAAUAAAUCUGUCAAUCAUAUGAUAUCAACAGCAAGAAAGGAUAAUUCUAAUCGUGUUCGUGAUAUGGUGGCGACUUUAGCACUAUGCCACAAUGUCACUCCAACAUUUGAAGAUGACGAAUUAACUUACCAAGCUGCUUCACCUGAUGAAAUUGCCAUUGUUAAAUUUACAGAAUCUGUCGGAUUAUCAUUAUUCAAGAGGGAUAGAAACUCAAUUUCGUUAUUACAUGAACAUUCUGGUUCUAUUUUGAACUAUAAAAUUCUAAAUGUUUUCCCAUUUAAUUCUGAUACAAAACGUAUGGGUAUCAUUGUUUUUGAUGAAACUAAUAAAGAAUAUUGGUUUUUAGAAAAAGGUGCUGACACUGUAAUGGUUAAAAUUGUUGAAAAAAAUGAAUGGCUAGAAGAAGAAACUGGUAAUAUGGCUCGGGAAGGACUACGUACCCUUGUUAUUGGGCGUAAAAGAUUAACCCAAAAAGAAUAUGAGCAAUUCAGUGCAGCCUAUAAGGCUGCAUCUUUAUCUAUGAUGAAUCGUGAUGAAAAUAUGGCCGAAGCCAUCACUCAAUACUUAGAAUAUGAGUUAGAAUUAUUAGGUUUGACCGGUGUUGAAGAUAAAUUACAGAAAGAUGUGAAAUCUUCAAUAGAAUUAUUAAGAAAUGCUGGUAUCAAAAUUUGGAUGUUGACAGGUGAUAAAGUAGAAACUGCUCGUUGUGUGUCAAUUAGUGCAAAAUUAAUAUCAAGAGGUCAAUACGUUCACACAAUUACCAAAAUGAACAAACCGCAAGGCGCAUUAGAACAAUUAGAAUAUUUAAAAAUCAACCGUAAUGCAUGUUUAUUAAUCGAUGGUGAAUCAUUAGGCAUGUACCUAACAUAUUAUAAAAAUGAAUUUUUCAAUGUUUCUAUUCAUUUACCGGCCGUUAUAGCUUGCCGUUGCACUCCUCAACAAAAGGCUGAUAUUGCAUUAAUAAUUCGUGAAUUUACAGGUAAAAGGGUAUGUUGUAUUGGUGAUGGUGGUAAUGAUGUUAGCAUGAUCCAAUGUGCUGAUGUUGGUGUUGGUAUUGUCGGUAAAGAAGGUAAACAAGCUUCAUUAGCUGCUGAUUUUUCUAUUACUCAAUUCUGUCAUUUAACAAAAUUAUUAUUAUGGCAUGGCAGAAAUUCAUAUAAGAGAUCAGCUAAAUUAGCUCAAUUUGUUAUGCAUAGAGGUUUAAUCAUCGCAAUAUGCCAAGCUGUCUUUUCUAUUUGUUCCAGCUUUGAACCAAUUGCAUUAUAUCAAGGUUGGUUAAUGGUCGGCUAUGCAACCUUUUAUACAAUGGCCCCAGUCUUUUCUUUAACUUUAGAUCACGACAUUGAAGAAUCUUUAACCAAAAUCUAUCCUGAAUUAUAUAAAGAUUUGAUUGAGGGUACAAGUUUAUCAAGAAAAACUUUCUUUGUAUGGGUUUUACUUUCGUUUUACCAAGGCUGUACAAUUCAAUUGUUUUCGCAAAAAUUCACAAGUAUUUUAGUUGAAGAUUUUUCUAAAAUGGUUUCAAUUAGUUUUACAGCAUUAAUUAUCAACGAAUUGAUUAUGGUGGCAUUGGAAUUUCAUUCAUGGAACAAAAUUAUGUUUAUCACUGAAGUUGGUACAUUUUCAUUUUAUAUUCUUUCAGUACCAUUUUUGGGGGAAUAUUUUGAUUUAUCAUAUUUUAGAAGAUUUUCAUUUUUAACUGAAUUAAUUGUCAUAUUAUCAUUGUCAAUAUUGCCGGUUUGGAUUAGUAAAGCAAUCCAUAGAAAAUUACAUCCACCAAGUUAUGCUAAAGUACAAGAAUUUUCUAACGUUUAA